UCUCGAUCCGAACAGAUGGAAGCUCGGAUGUCAGAGGUUUUUGGGAAAGUAGGCCUGGAAUAUAAUAUGUCUGGAUUAACCCAUAGGCUUAUAUAUUUUGCUGGACAGCAGGGCUCUGAGAAGCAACAUCGCCUGGUAGAAGAAUUGUUUCUGGGCUACUUCACACAGGGAAAAUACAUUGGUGACUAUGAUUUUCUUCUGGAAUGUGCCAAGAAGGUGAACUUAGAAGGGGCAGCUGAGUUUCUUCAAGAGCCCAACAAUGGGCUCAAGGAGGUUGAGGAUGAGCUCAAUACACCCUCCGGAAACGUCAGAGGGGUUCCAUUCUAUGUGAUCAAUGGAAGUUGCAAAGUUAGUGGCGCUCAGCCCCCUGAACUCUUCAUGAAAGCUUUUGAUAUCAAGAGUAGAGUGUGCCACAUCUUCAAGUUGUACAGUGCUGCUGCUGAAUAAAGAUACAUGAGACGCUGCAAAAACAUUGCAAUAUUAUACUGUCUGCAAACUCUUCCAAUUAAGAAGAUCAUGUGCUCUAUUUUGGAUCCCUCCAUGUUUCUUGUCUUGGUAUUCGAAAUUGAAACCGAUAAUAUUGUGUUGUGUUAGCAUGUACCAUCAAGUGUUGGGGUUUUAGUCUUCACUUACUGCAUAAAAUAUAAUAUUUUGGUGAAAGCUCCAUAUGGUAUUAUAAAAAUAUGAACAUCAGAUUUCCCUACAAAUACGCGCACAUAAUUCUUCCUACUUUUUCCAUGUAAUUAGGCAUUUUUUAAUACACUAUAAGAUGUUUGAGGUGAGUUUGUACUAUCUUAUAGCUGGUUUCCUGUUCAAGUGGACACCCAAGAAAAUUUAGGACAUUUUCAAAAAGGGGUCCUAUAUUUGGUCAAAAAAAAGGGGUCCUAUAAUUUUAGAUUUCUCAUACAUGUAUGGCCGAAAUCAAUAUUAACUAUAUUAUAUAAAAUUUAUGAAAAAGAAAAAAGAGAAGAGAUUAUGUAUGGGAAAUGGUUGAAUUGGACUCCUUUUUUCUGUUUUUGGUGAACGAAUGAGUAACGAUCUGAGGAUCGGAGAAGGCAUUGAAUAUUCUAAUUUGGGUGGAUCUUGUUUUACUGCAUCUCCAUAUUUGCAAGCAUUCUAGUUUUCCCAUCAGCGUGAACUAUGGCGGAGGCUUAUGCUUUCUUUGUCUUUCGAUCAUCUUUCUAAAUAAAAUUGAAUAGAUCAAACUAUUACUCUUCAUCUUCGAUAAUGAAUUCUAUAAGCGUUCUUCUGUCUCACUGAUCUCCCAAAACUCGCAGCCUGCCGGGUAUACAACUAUACAUUCAAGUUUAAUCCCUUUUUUUUGCAUACACUCUUGGCAUUCAAUUACAGGCACUUCUUGUUUGUAGUUUUGAACUAUUCUAGCUGACAUAUUGCGUAUUUAUCAUCUUCCUCAUCGCUGAAUCUAGUGAUGUUUGUUUACUGAGACAGCAGAUUUUACACAGCAGGACCGUGCCUAACACUUCCAGUUCCACCCCUGAGAAGAAGCUCGCUAAAAUUGAUAUUAGUGCUGAUAAUGUAUGCCCAUGGUGCUUCUUUGGCAAGAGAAAUCUAGAUAAAGCCAUAGAUUCCUCUAAGGACAGAUACAACUUCGAGGUUCUACGCUCUCUCUGUGCUUGUAUGUGUUUUUCUUGUAUCCAAACAUCUCUGGCAUAUACGUUGCUCAUUAAAAUGAUGGCUUCAAAUUACACAUAAAAUGGCAUCCUUAUCAACUUAACCCUGCUGCCCCUAAAGAAGGCGUUGACAAGAGAGAGUAUUACAGAGGGAAAUUUGGAUCUCAAUCAGAACAGAUGGAAGCUCGGAUGUCAGAGGUUUUUCUUUCUGAAUCAAAUUCAUUGCUUUAUUGCUGUUACUACCUGUAUUUCUGAUGAAAUGAGUAGAGCAAGAUAUUAUUCCAAAUUUGGUGUUUCCAGGUUUUUGGGAGCGUGGGCCUCCAAUGUAACAUGUCUGGGCUGACGGGGAACACAAUGCACAGUCAUAGGCUUAUAUAUUUUGCAGGACUGCAGGGCUCAGACAAACAACAUCAUCUUGUUGAAGAAUCGGGCCUUGGUUACUUCACACAGGGAAAAUACAUUGGUGACCAGUGAGUACUUUGGUGCAUGUCACUGCUGGCUGACUUCUAUAAAGAUUGUGUGCUGUAUGUAAAGGAGCCGUAUCCAAGAGUGACGUGGGAGAUGAAUGCUCAGUGUGAACAUGCAACUAACCUUAUUUAUGUGUUAUAGAAAGUUGUAUUACUCAUGAGACAUGAACAAUGUUACAAUGCAACUUUAUAUCAACUUAUGUGUCGCUUUGGGAUUCAUUGGUAGUAAAAUAUAUCUUCAAUUUUUACAUAAUGAUAUUUGUCUUUGUAUCUGGUUUCGUAAGUGAGGCAUUAUUGUGAUUUGGUUGCAGUAAUUUUCUUUUGGAAUGUGCUGAGAAAGUUGGGUUGGAAGGGGCAGCAGAGGUUCUUCAAGAACCCAACAAUGGCCUCAGGGAGGUAUUUUUCACUUACACAUGAAUACUCCUUCAUGCAGCAUUUUGGUUUCAAAUGGUUGCUUGAAUUUACUGCUCUCCGUGGAAUUUGAAUGGAUGUACAUUCUUCAUGCUUACCUUGAAACUGUUUAGUUGUCAGGCAAUUAAACAGGUUUAAUAGCACUGAGUUUUCGACUCUCGCCAGGUUCAGGAUGAGCUUAAUAGAGGAAACGACAGAGGGGUUUCCAUAUUAGGUGGUGGUGGAUUAAAUUGGAGUUAGUAUUAAUUAUUGCUUAAAAUGUUUCAAUUUCAGAAUGUGCUCAGAACCCAUCAAGCAUAUUGAUUCAUUCAAUGAACUGGCAAUGACUGGAAGUCGCAAAAUUGAUGGUGCUCAGCCCCCUGAGGUGUUCGUGAAAGCUUUUGAAUUUGAGGAGUGAAGUUUAUCGCAUCUCCAUGUUUAUGCUUCUGAGUUCUGAUGAAAGUCUCCGUCUUUAUUGCAUUAAAGUUUUUUUUGUAACUAUGAUCAUUCCCCAACUCUCUGACUAGAUGAAGAUAAAUGAUGAAAGAUAAUGAGCCACUCCAGCUUUA